CCGGAAGUUGUUGGCUCUUUCUGUCACUGCAGCUGCAGCGAGCAUAGCUUGCUCCUCACAGGCUAACGCGUCUCUCGACGUGUUUUCGUCGUUUGUCAUAGAAAGGAGGAUUGUGAAAAUUCUCGAAAUGGACGAAAAAGCAAGCCGACGCGUCCAGGGGAAUGGCUGUCAACGGCAUAGCCUCUGAAGAGGGAGAUAAGCUAACGCUAAGAAACCCGGAAGUGCUGGUGAAGCCACCAGCAGCCACAAACACAAUGAGUGCCAAAUAUGGCCUGGUGGGCUACAACAGUUCGCGGAAGCAUAUUUCCAUUUCCAUCCCGUCGUCCACGGAGGUGAUGUCACCCCACAUCAAGUCUGUGGAGGAGUUAAGGGUCCUGGGAAUCAACCUGAGCAGCUUUAGUCCCCCAAUACAGUUCUUCAUCUGUGUGGCUGGAGUCUUCCUCUUUUACCUCAUCUAUGGAUACCUGCAGGAGUUGAUAUUUUCUGUGGAAGGCUUCAAGCCUUUUGGUUGGUACCUCACUCUGGUCCAGUUUGGCUUCUACUCCACGUUUGGACUGGUGGAGCUCCAGCUAACACAGGACAAACGCAGAAGGAUACCAGGGAAGACGUAUAUGAUCAUUGCAUUUUUAACAGUGGGCACCAUGGGCCUGUCCAAUACCUCGCUGGGAUACUUGAACUACCCGACACAGGUCAUCUUCAAGUGCUGUAAACUCAUCCCAGUCAUGAUUGGAGGAGUGUUUAUACAAGGUAAACGCUAUAAUCUGGCUGAUGUGUCUGCUGCUCUUUGUAUGAGUCUGGGACUUAUCUGGUUUACGCUAGCUGACAGCAAAGUGGCCCCAAACUUCAACGUCACAGGUGUUCUCCUAAUCUCCCUGGCGUUGUGCGCAGAUGCAGCAAUUGGAAAUGUGCAGGAGAAAGCCAUGAAACUCCAUAACGGCUCCAACUCUGAAAUGGUGCUGUACUCUUACUCCAUUGGAUUUGUCUACAUACUGACAGGCCUGCUUUGUGUGGGGGGGCUUGGUCCUGCAGUGGCCUUCUGCUCAGAGCAUCCUGUGAAGACAUAUGGUUAUGCGUUCUUCUUCUCUCUUACGGGUUAUUUUGGCAUCUCCUUCGUGCUGGCCUUGAUCAAGCUGUUUGGCGCCCUGGUUGCAGUAACAGUGACCACUGGGAGAAAGGCCAUGACUAUCGUACUUUCCUUCAUGUUCUUUGCAAAACCUUUCACUUUUCAGUACGUCUGGGGCGGCCUUCUGGUGCUCUUCGGCAUCUUCUUGAAUGUUUACAGUAAAAACAAAGACAAAAUGAGGCUUCCCUCCAUCAAGGACCUCAGGAGUUUGCUGCUGACAGGAAAGAAAGUCCGAUUUCUUUCACAGAACGUCUAGAAGGCACCCACGGGCGUAGCUGAAGACCUGAGCCAGCGGAGCAUGCCUCUGUUCAGAUGUAGAGUUGGCCUGGUUGCCUUGGGGAUACGCUGAAACGUAUGCCCGAGCUAUGAGCCUCAUCAACACUAACACUGAUUGAAGGAGGGCUGAAUGGGGCUGAAACACCAGUCAGCUUCAGAAACAGCACAGGUAGCAACGGUGCUGGAGUUUCCUGUACACAACUUGUGUACAACUCGACUGAAAAGCACUCAAACUGUCUAAAACAAACUGAAGGAGCAGUAACAAUGUUUUACAAGUGGAUCAGUGCUUGUAGGCUCUUUUAAUGGAAAGCUACAGAGCCCUAAGAAACAUUCCCAACAUUGACAAAGACACUGAGGACCUUAAAGACUCUCUAAAGGGAAGCCAGCGCCUUAGCUUACCAAAUCGCACAGUUUUGCACUGGAAAUGACGUGACACUUGAACCUAUGAGUGGUUGGAAAAAAACUGAAGGAGAGAGCACAGGGCGACGUGUUAACUAUGAUUUCUGACAUGAAUGUUGGUCACCUACCUAAGAGAAAAAAAGACCCAAGGCAUAUCUGCCCCCUCAUGUGCCAGUAAGACAGAACAGAACUUUGUUUCACUUAAUCAGUGUCCUGGUAAAGUUUCAUAGUUUAUCUGUAAUUUAUGACUAAGCCCUGAUUCAUGAAAACGUGAGAUCUGUGUGAUUGUUUGGUGACGUUUUGGGAAAAUCGGAGACAUUUGCUACCCUGUACAUCAAAACAUGAAAUGGUCAGCUGCCAUAAUUUGCUAACCAUGUAUCUGGGUGGAAGGGAACCACUCUUUUUACAUUAAAACAAACUGAGAGCUCU